CAAGAUCUGUAGGGAGGGAGGGAGGCCGAUGGCGCUGGGACGGGGCUGGAGGAAAGAAAGAUGAUCGCCGCGUGCAGAUCGUCGACCGAUUGAUUUCUGUGGGGAGCCCCGGCAGAAGCAUCGGCGAGUUUGUUGCAGAGUACAAUUUUUGUCGAAUUCAAAAAUCGUAUGACAAUUGGCCUCCUCAAUCCGGUUUUGAUGGUCGGGCUGGUCGAGAGUCGCAGCAGGAGGAGGAGCAGCGCCAGCCUGAUCGAGGAUUGAUUCGAUGUCGGGGACGAGGGUCAGCAAUGCGGAGUAGAAUUUCUCUGUAGGUGCUGUGGAACGGUGUGGAGGGAAGCUUUAGCUGAGCACGAGGUCUGGAGGUGAGGAAUUUGCUCCGUCUAUGUAGGGGUUGGUGAAAUCUCCACCCGGCCUUGAAUAGUUUUGAAAUCCCAAGAGAAGAGCCCGGCGAGGCAAGAUGGCAGGUUCCGGCUCAGGAUUAGCGUUGGCAUUGGAUCUGCUCAGGACUAGCGCAACGACCACUAAGUCGUUGCACUCUUUCUCGUCGCUCAGUUCCCUAUCUGCAGCUUUGGCCGCCGCGGCGGCAGUGACCUUUUUGCCUUCGUAUCCCGUCUACCAUUCUCAGUUUCAGUCGAGGGAUUGGACAGGACAAUUUGUACUAUGUGAGGAGGCAGACGACGAAGAGGAGCCAUGGUCUGAUUCUCGCUGGUUACCUCAGUGGGAACUAAAGCAGGAGGGAGCUGGGAAGAUAUACAACGUUGAGCUGAAACCUUUGUUCUCCGCCUUCAAACCGAGAGCUCUUGGAGCUACAACUGUCAGGGCUUGUCUUGUGAAUUUCUUCUCACUCUUGGAGGCUUACAUCCAACCAGAGGAUGAUGACGAUGAAGAUGUGGAUCGACCACCUAAAAUGCCAGUCGAUCCCAUUGUCCCCAUGAAACGCUCUAUAACACAUAUUCUUCGAGAGGUUUCAGUGAUCACAACGAGGAGGAUUUUGGAGAGGGCAGCUGUACACUACACCUCUCGUCGCAUGGCAUGGAAACUUCUGAAAGAUGUCCCAAAAUCUGCUGUUCGUAAAGCUGCAAGAGAUAUUACUCGGUUCGAGCUAUUUUUUGGUGUCUGCAAGACAACGUUCCGAGGACAUGCACUGGGAGUUCUUGCAAACUGGGUAGUUCAACUGGUUUUGGACAUAUAUAGGUACAUCCGUGCUUCUUUCCCCACCAAAAAGGAGGAAGGCAGGAAGCAGAUAGCGCAGGAUAACAACAAAGACUUCAAUAGAUUGAUAAGGAAAACAGCGGGGAACACCCUCAAAAUUGGCGCAUCUCUUGUUUUAGCUUCUGUUGGAGCUGGCCUUGGUACGAUACUUAUCAAGCCGUCCACGGGAACUUGGAUAGGCUGCGCAGCUGGGGAUCUUGCAGGCCCAUAUUUGAUCGGGAUGUGGUUGGACGUGUGGAUCUUUUAUGGCACAUUCACACCUUGAGGAUGGGAACCGUAUGCCGUCUCUUUUACGCCUCUGGAGAAGAAACACCCAUUCCGAUGAGCUUUACUUCUGAAGCCGACCCUUUGGGCAACGUUGAAAAAGCAUCCUUUCGUGGAUGAAAUGAAAACUGAGUUAGAUAACCACGACUUCUCAAAUACAUGUAACAUUGCACGCAUAGAGGUCCUUCUCACAGCUGGUCAGAAGUUGUGCGACUUGAGGACUCUUUUGUCGGCGCACAAGGUGCUCACUCGAGGAUUAGGGUGGGUUCAUGGAUCAUCAAGGGGUGGUGUCGGGUUGCUCGAAAUCGGGAUUCAAUUUUUUUAUAUCAUUUCUGAUCUGUGGCCUCGAGAGCCAUUAGCUAUUUAACAGACAUCUGAAGCAAGCUGAUGCUCCGCAAUUUAUCAGGGUAGCAGCUUAAGAGGUGGGUGGAAUUGUGAGACCCCACAACAGAUGCUUAGUCAAAAGAGCUCAGUUUUCGCAUUGUGAGCUCAAUCGACGUAGCAAAUUCUGGUUAUUAUGCCGUGCUUAGUGAACACUACGGUUGUAAUCUUUGUUCAAUCUGAGUGAGGGAUAUCUCUUGUGGAUUUCUCUCAAAAAGAGAAGAGCGGUUCUAGGUUGAAGUAUCUAGUAAUCCGCAAACUUACUCUGUUUUUCCAUGCACCUCCCUCUUCGUACUUUUUCGCGGGCAGAAAUUCAGGAGAAACGC